CAGAGUAAACAUAGCCCCACGUGGGAGAUUCGAACACACAAUCGAAAAACAUGACGGGGGCUAAGAAAUCGGCCAAAAAGGCCCUUCAGCGGAGCAAAACCCCGGGAGAACUGGGCGGCAAGAGCAAGAACACGAGCGAGAAAAAAGCGAUCCAAGGCAAGAGUAAAAUCCAGAAAGCAGCUCCGAAGCCUCUGUUCGAAGAAGAUGACUCCGAUGCUUCUUCCGUGCUCGAAGACAGUGAGGAUCCUACGUCUUCCGAAGACGAUGGAGCUGGAGACGAAGCUGAUUCUUCCGAACUCGAGUUCGAGUCCGAUGCGGACUCCGGCAAAGAGGAAUUGGACCAGGGCGAUAUAAUCGAAGACAAAGAGAAAAACGAAGAAAACGGUGGACCUGAGGCAGAGAAACCGGAAGAGGAACUCGAAGACGAUGGAGUCUCUAUGACAUUCUGGAGAGCGGACGAGGAAGAUUUCAAUCUCAAGUCGAAGGUAGACCUGAAGAAGAACAAGAAGAAAGAGCCGCUAGAGAUGUCCCCGCAGGAUAGAGACGUCAAGCCCAACGGUAAGAGAAGCGCGUCGCCUCGGCCCUCGGCUUCGAAAGACGAAUAUGAAUUCGAUUCGUCCGACGAGGAAGAUCUCAGGAACACUAUCGGGAAUGUUCCGAUCGAGUGGUACGACAACUAUCCCCAUCUUGGUUACGACGUCAAUGGGAGACGUGUCUACAAACCGGUCCGAGAAGAUCAAUUAGACUAUUUCCUCAAAAAAAUGGACGACCCGACAUUCUGGCGCACCGUCAAGGAUCGCAUGACGGGUCAGAACGUCGUUCUAUCCGAAGCCGAUAUGGAUCUGAUAAAUCGGUUGGAGAAGGGCAAGAAUCCCGACCCGAAUAUGGAAUCGUAUCCAAAAUUCGAGGACCUUUACUCGCACGAAGUGAUGAUCCAUCCACUGACGGCGAGACCGGAGGCGAAGAGGAGCUUCAUUCCAUCACUGCACGAGAAAGCUCUGGUCGGUCGCAUGGUCCAUCUCAUAAAGAGCGGAGUUUAUGCCAAAUGUUGGAAACCCAAGAAAGAAGAAGGACCGAGGUAUUACAAUCUCUGGACCGAGGAUGAGGAUCCCUCUCUGAUCAGGAGACUGCGGUCUUUCAUUCCGGCCCCGAAAAUGAAACUGCCGGGUCACGAGGAAUCAUACAAUCCCCCCGAGGAAUAUCUCUUCACCCCCGAAGAAGAAGCCGAGUGGCAUAAUCAGGAUCCCGAAGAACGGAAACUGAACUUCAUACCGAGGAAAUAUUCGUCCCUCCGGCAAGUUCCCGGAUACUCUGGAUUCGUACAGGAGCGUUUCGAACGCUGUUUGGAUCUCUACCUCUGUCCUCGUCAGAGGAAGAUGCGCAUGAACGUCAACCCCGACGACCUCAUUCCCGAGUUGCCGAAACCGAAAGACCUCCAUCCGUUCCCGGCUUUCUGCUCUGUCGUGUACAAGGGACAUACCGACCACGUUCGUUCGGUCUCGAUGGAGAACCUCGGUCAGUUCUUCGCCUCGGGCUCAGACGACUGCUCCGUCAGGAUAUGGGAGACGUUGACUGGUCGGUGCUUCAACACGAUCCAAUUCGAGGCUCCGGUCAAAUGGGUGCAGUGGUGCCCCAACCCUGCGAUCGCACUUCUCGCCGUCGCUUCCGGUCCGUACGUUCAUUUCGUCAAUCCGGGCGUCGGUGACAAAGUCGUUCUGACCAACACCGACGUCAUCCUCGAGUCCCUGCCGGAAAGCGAGGGCAGUGCGAAGGGGUCCGGAGAGUGGUCUGUCGUCACCGAUGAGGAUCUGCGAAAACAGGGUCACAGACUGAGAGUUCAUCAUAAGUUCGACGUUGCCCAGGUCUCGUGGCACGCGAAGGGAGACUACCUUGCGGUUCUCUACGGCAGCGCUUCCACAACUUCGCUUAUAAUCCAUCAGCUCUCGCUCCGUCGAAGUCAGAAUCCGUUCAGCAAAUUCAACAGUGUCAUCUCGCGCGUGAUCUUCCAUCCGACGCGACCUCAUCUCUUCGUUGCAACUCAGACUGUCGUUCGAGUUUACAAUCUCGUCAAGCAGGAAUUGCAGAAGAAACUCCUCACCAAUUGCAAAUAUGUAUCUAGUAUCGCCGUGCAUCCCAAAGGGGAUAAUGUCAUCGCCGGAAGUUUUGAGGCCCGGUUAUCGUGGUUCGACAUGGAUUUGUCCACGAAACCAUACAAAGCGAUGAAGUACCACGAUUCGGCAAUCCGAGCAGUGACGUUCCAUCGCAAAUAUCCGCUCUUCGCUUCAGCAUCUGACGAUGGCACAGUGAUCGUUGCUCAUGGAAUGGUCUACAGCGAUCUUCUCCAAAAUCCUCUGAUAGUGCCCGUGAAAGUUCUACGAGGGCAUCGACGCACUAAUGAUCUAGGCGUUCUCGACUGUACCUUCCAUCCCACCCAGCCAUGGAUCGUUAGCGCGGGCGCCGACGCUACGUUAAGGCUGUACACUUGAGACUGAAAUGUUGACAUUGAUCAUGAACAAAGUUUCGAUGGCCGAA